AAGCACCUAAAAGCCCCGCCUACGAGCUAACAGGAAGAGCGUCUGUCUGAACCACAGUGAACACACCUCCACUCCUCUGGCUUUAAGUUGAACACUUCACUGUGCAGAAUGUCUGAGGAGCAGCAGGGUGGUGUGUGUGAUGUGUCUGAUGUGUCUGAGGUGUGUGAUGUGUCUGAUGUGUCUGAGGUGUGUGAUGUGGUGGUGGUUGGAGGAGGAUUGUCAGGUCUCUGUGCCGCGCGUCGGCUGAAGGAGAGAAACGAGAAGCUCCGAGUUCUGGUGCUGGAGGCCAAAGGUCGUGUAGGGGGUCGAACUCUGACUCUGAGUUUACCGGCUUCUAAUGGCCAUGACUCCUGGGACAUGGGGGGGCAGUGGGUGGGCAGCUCACAGACUCAUGUUAUGGAUCUCAUCCAGGAGCUGGGGCUGGAGGUUUACCCACAGUUCACUGAGGGGAUGAAAGUUCACCACCCGGGCGGUGUUAACGCUAAGAUCAGCACCUACACCUCCAGCAUUCCCUCUUUUUCUCCACUCGUCCUUCUCGACUUCAUAAACUUCCUGUGGAGGAUCGAGCGUCUCUGUAAGAGUGUGUGUGUGGAGAAUCCCAUGGAGACUCCUGAUGCUCUACAGCUGGACAGCAUGACAGUGCAGUCAUACAUGGAUCAGCACAUCUGGACUGCACAGUUGACAGAGGAGCUGAAGUUGUGCACACGCUCCUUGUUCGGACUGGAGCCGUCCCAGCUGUCCUUCCUGUACUUCCUCAUGUACAGCGCAGCAGCCGGUGGAGUCAUGAAACUGCUGGAGACCACGCCGGGGUCAGCACAGGAGUUUAAGGUCAAGGGGGGCACUCAGCAGCUGUCAAAGAGAGUCGCAGAGCAGCUCGGGAAAGGAAACGUGCGUCUGGGUUCGGCCGUGAUGGCCAUAUGGCAGAAUGAAGAGAGUGUGCAGGUGAAGACUGGCACAAGCACAAUCACAUGCAAAGCUGUCAUUGUUACCUGCCCCCCUCACAUGGCAGCUCAGAUCGAGUACCGUCCUGCGUUGCCUCUGAAGCGCCAGCGUCUGGCACAGUGGAUGCCUGUGGGUCACAUGACAAAGUUUAUCAUCACGUAUCCUACAGCAUUUUGGAAGCAGAAAGGCUUCUCCGGAGAGAUUGUGGCACAUCCGUCUCCAAGUUGCCCUUUCGGGGUCACCUUUGACGCCAGCAGUCCCAGCGGGAGCCCGGCGCUGGUGGGCUUUAUCGCCGGAGUCCAGGACUGUUACUGGAACAGCCGAGAGUCGGAAGACAGACGAGACGCCGUCGUUAGCAGCCUGGUGAAGUAUCUGGGCCCCGAAGCGGCCUCCUACAUUCACUACGAGGAGAAAGACUGGGCUAAAGAGGAGUAUAACGGAGGAUGUCCUGUCAACGUCAUGGUCCCUGGGAUGCUCACGUUCUACCUUCCCAGCCUCAGAACACCGUGUGGCAGAUGCCUCGACCCUCAGUGUGCCUCGACUCGCUAACUUGCAUUAGUGGCCUCUGAAGGGAGCAGAGGUUAGAGGAGGGAUGAGUGUGUGUGAGCUGAAUGUGGAGUUAGUAAAUGGAGGAGAUGGAGAAUGGAGGUGAGUGUGUGUGUGUGUGUGUGUGUGUGUGGCAUGAAGCACAAAUGCAUUAUGGGCCUCAAACCAAUGGAGUGGAGGUCACAGGGACAGCUUUCUCAAGGGAAUGCAUCGGCAUAAUCCAUUUGUAAUGGCUCCCGUAAGGCUUCGGCCAUAACCCGAACAAAUCCAGAGAGGAAGUGUGUGUGUGUGUGUGUGUGUGUGUGCCAGAGAGAGGAGAGUGAUGUUGCAAGGUAAUGCAUUUCCAUAAUGGAAUUAAAUCCUUAAAGAGGAGAAAGAUCUCAUCAAAGGAAGAAGGAUGGAAAGCUCUGCUGCUCUCCGCUUUGUUCUGAUCUGUAAACUGAAAGCGCUCUUUAAUCCGUCCUUGACCCACAUCCGCUCCGAUGAGAACGACUGUCUUGCUUACGCCUGACACACGACACACUGAAUUCAACACCGUCUUCAGUCCAUAAAAAAAUAAAACGCAGAAAAAUUGCAAUGCGGAAAAACACAGAGUGAAAAUUCACGACGUUUAUGGAAGAAGUCUCCAGUUUUUUCGGAAUUAGUGUGACAAAAUGUUACGAUAAAAAUUAUUAGUUAUAAAUAAUUGACUUUACAUUUAAGAGAUUUGAAAUUUUGAAAUUCUGAAACUUUUUAGUAAGAUUUUUCAAUAUUUUUCCCUUUAACACAGAAGUAUUAAAAAGUACAAAUUAAAUCAUUUUGAAAUGCAAAAAAUACACUCUCACUCUCUCACUCACUUUCUACCACUUAUCCGAACUACCUCGGGUCACGGGGAGCCUGUGCCUAUCUCAGGCGUCAUCGGGCAUCAAGGCAGGAUACACCCUGGACGGAGUGCCAACCCAUCACAGGGCACACACACUCUCAUUCACUCUCACAAUCACACACUACAGACAAUUUUCCAGAGAUGCCAAUCAACCUACCAUGCAUGUCUUUGGACCGGGGGAGGAAACCGGAGUACCCGGAGGAAACCCCCGAGGCACGGGGAGAACAUGCAAACUCCACACACACGCAAGGCGGAGGUGGGAAUCAAACCCCCAACCCUGGAGGUGUGAGCCACCGUGCCCCCCUGCAAAAAAUACAAAUGUACAAGAUGUGUUAAAGGUUAAAGUUAGGAUUAUGGGCGGGGUUUGUAUUUAGGGGUUGGCCUCAUCCUAAUGUUAAAUUGAGCUAUUAAAAAAAAAUUGUAAUCUAAAACGCAAUCUAAUACGUUCUAAUAUUUUAUCAUUUCUAUAGCAAGAGUAAGUAACAAAAUAAAAUCACAUGGUUCAAUCGCAUCAAUUCGCAAAAAUCAAUCGAAUAAUUAGUUGUUGUUUCCAUAGUAACACAGUGGAAGCUUCAAAUAACCAGACGCCAAAUAGAGAACUUUUAACAUUUCAUGGAAGGAGUCUCCAGUUCCAGCGCUGUGUAACAGAAUAGUUUACGCUUCUUUGUGGUUUCUUGCUAAUAUGACAAGCUGCGUGAUUUUUUCCUUAAUAACGUAAAAGGAUGGAAAGAAGAAGGGAGGGAAAGGUGGUUUAUACAGUAGCUGCUCUGGAUUAUGUUCCUGAGUGUUUCAUUUCUAAUGCGUCUGAAGCCUGAAAGUGAAUGGAGGAUUAGCUACAGCGAGGCUGCACGACUCAGUAAAACAGAGCUGGAGGCGGUUUCUGGGAGAACGUGGGAGAAGGGAAGAGAUCAGUGUUUCUUCUGUAGGGUUUAAGGAGCCAGCGCAAGCUCAGACCUCGUCCUCCUGCUUCGUCUGCUGUUUGCUGAAGCUCAGCGGGAUUCAGAACCCAACUGAACCUGCUCUAAUAUGUCAGUGAUCCAAACACGGCCACAUCCCAGGUGAAAGGCAGAGUGGGUAGAAAUUUGCCUGGGGCAUCUCGCACAUGGCUGAACUUGACACACACUCUCAUAUCGCCUGAAGAAUAAACAGUGAGCCCGGUUACGAACCUGACGGAGAAAUGGGGGGCAAAAUAAAAACAGGAGAAUGUUAUUCCGAGUUUAUUCCUGUUCUAUUUUUCCUGCUGUUUACAUGAUUUCCUCCGUCUCCAUUAAAUAAUAAAUCACUUGACGAUCAACAAAAAAAGCUCUGAAGCAUCUAAACUUUUACUAUGUAGAAAGAAAUUCAUAGUCAAAUGAACAAUACUGUAUCCUGUCCCACCUUUCGCUUAAAGGUGGGGUCUCCGUUGUUUGAAAGCCAAUGUUGACAUUUGAAAUCACCAAAACAAACACGCCCCUAACCCAAAUGGGUCCCACCCCUGUACUGAUAGCUCCGCCCACACAUACAUACGUAACCCAGGCAACUAACGGAAAGAAAUGAGUCUUUAUCAUAGCUGAAGUGAAGAACAAUACGAUUGUAGAUAAACAAACAAGCAAAAAUGACACACAAGCAUAAUCAUGUAAAGGACAAAGGCAUAUAUUAGUUCUGUGUAACAAAGCAAAACCAACGUUACUCACCUAUCGAGAAGGAAAAAAGCGCCUCGGCGUCUUAAGUAAAGUUGGUCACAUAUUCACAGAUUGGAGUUUCCCG